AGUGGAGUUUCCAUACCUACCUGGUUAGACAACGAACCACAGAUCGUUAACUAAUCCAAAGCUCUAAUCCUCGGAUAUUUACUUAUAAGAUAGAGAGCCAUGGCCGUAGUUGUAGCACUAGCGGCAGUGGGUGUGUGGUUGUUGAAGCAAAGCCAUGGGCGUAGAGACUCCCCUUCUCACGAAUAACCAUAGCAACCAUGAGGACGAAAAGCCGGUGAGCUAUGUUAAGGAGUUCGGGCAUGAGUCGAAGAGGCUUUGGAAGCUUGCCGGCCCGGCUAUCUUCACCUCGAUAUGUCAGUACUCGCUGGGUGCGCUCACUCAGACAUUUGCGGGUUUCGUUGGGGAGCUCGAGCUCGCCGCCGUGUCUGUUGAGAACUCUGUCAUUGCCGGGCUUGCCUUCGGAGUCAUGUUGGGAAUGGGAAGUGCAUUGGAGACGCUUUGUGGGCAAGCAUACGGUGCGGGUAGCAUCAGGAUGUUGGGGGUGUACAUGCAGAGAUCGUGGGUCAUUUUAUUGACUACAGCUUGUCUUUUGGUUCCUAUCUAUGUUUGGUCCCCUCCCAUCCUUGAGGCCAUUGGGGAGACCGAUGAGAUAUCUGAGGCCGCUGGCAAAUUUGCUCUUUGGAUGCUUCCACAACUGUUCGCGUACGCGCUCAAUUUUCCAAUCCAAAAGUUCCUACAAGCACAGAGGAAAGUCUUAGUCAUGGCUUGGAUAUCGGCUGUGGUCCUUGUGAUACACACAUUCUUUAGCUGGUUUCUGAUAUUGAAGCUUGGGUGGGGCUUAACUGGAGCGGCAAUCACCUUGAACAUAUCGUGGUGGCUCAUUGUUAUUACUCAAUUGCUCUACAUUUUCAUUACUAAGUCCGACGGUGCGUGGGCUGGAUUCUCAUGGCUCGCAUUUGCAGACUUGUGGGGCUUUGUGAAGCUUUCAUUGGCUUCUGCUGUGAUGUUAUGCUUAGAGUUUUGGUACUUGAUGAUACUGGUGGUGAUAACAGGCCGUCUUCAGAAUCCUCUGAUUCCAGUUGACGCCAUCUCUAUUUGUAUGAACAUACAAGGAUGGGAUGCGAUGAUUGCCCUUGGGUUCAAUGCUGCAAUAAGUGUGAGGGUAUCGAAUGAACUUGGAGCCGGCAAUUUUAAGACUGCAAAAUUUGCAGUGAUUGUCGUUUCAGUCACAUCCGUUGCCAUAGGAGUUGUUUGCAUGAGCGUAGUGUUUGCAACAAGGGAUUAUUUCCCUUACCUUUUCACCAGCAGUGAAGCCGUUGCCGUGGAAACUACCAAACUUGCUGUCUUGCUAGGAAUCACAGUGCUUCUAAACAGCCUUCAACCAGUCCUAUCUGGUGUGGCUGUUGGAGCCGGAUGGCAAGCUAUUGUCGCAUAUAUCAACAUCGGGUGCUACUACAUUGUUGGAUUGCCUGCCGGCAUACUCCUCGGAUUCACAUUUGGUUUUGGAGCUGAAGGUAUUUGGUCAGGAAUGAUUGGAGGCAUUUGUUUGCAAACCUUAAUCUUGAUAGUGGUCACUUCAAUAACCAACUGGAGGAGAGAGGCUGAACAAGCAGAGACCCGUGUGAAGAAAUGGGGAGGAGGGUCAACUGGAGAGGACUGAUCUUUAUUCAGAAGGGUGACAUCAUUGUUGAGAGACCAUUGACAGCUUGACACACGAUUGUGUUGGGAAAUUUUCUGUCAAUUUUAUGCAGGAGUUUAAGGAGUGAAAUAUUAUGUCACCUCAUCAAGCUGAAUGCCUCUUCACUGUGCUAUAUUUAGGAGUGCUUUUGGUCAUUCAAUUUUGUUUUGCUUAGGAGUGCUUUGCACAUUUAAGAUAUUCUAAGACAGUCGCUUAACGCUUCUCUGACCAAGUAAUGCAAUCAGAUCCUUUAAAAA